AUGGCAGUGCCCUCGAAAGCGGAGGCCAUGAUCGACAAGCUGCCGGCCGAGCUGACGAUCGACGUCAUGAGUUACCUGCGACCUCACGAUCUGACUCAGCUGGCGCGCGCUUCGAAGCGGUAUCGCGAGUUUGCGCAGUCCGCGCUCUGGACAAGCAUCGAGCUCCACCGCCAAGACGCCCACAAUGACUGCGUCACCCUUUCCCACAAACAGCCUCCAAGAGCCUACCUUGACGAUUGCUUGCUACAUCCAUGGUGCUACCGCAAUUACGACGGGGUGGAUGCCGAAUACGAUACCAGAAACGAGCAGUUUCGUGCUGCCAUCAGGGAGAUGUAUGCGUCUGAUGGCAAAUCUGAAGCUUGGGUUAGGAUCAAGCCGGUCGUACGACACCUGUGCCUCACGGUAACGCAUGAGAGCCCGCCCGAGAUCUGGAAUAUGAUACUCUCUCUUCCCAAUCUCCAUACCAUCGAGCUCAUUGGCGAGUACUCCGAAGAUCGGAUAGGUCCGCCCAUGGCUCUAGGCCUCCUCCCGAAACCGGCGGCAACCAAAGUACAGAAUGUACGUCUGAGAGGCUAUAUCCCCACGGAGUUUGUGUCGGCCAUCUGCAAGUCAUCAGCGGCUACUAUCGUUAGUCUCGAUAUCGGCGUUCUCGAUGAACCAGAGUUCUUCAGAGGCCGCGAAUUGGGGCGGACGGAAUAUGGGGAGACUGUAUGUCCGAUGUACAUGUGUCCUCGAAGUCCCACGUGGUAUCAUGCGGUUGAAUGGCCUCAGUUCACCUCGCUUACUCAUCUGCUAUUGUGUAAACCUGCUCGUUUCAAUGGCUUCCGCAAGAGACCCAAUGAUGUUGACUACGAAGCCCCUCAACUGCAACAAUGGGCGACUAUUGGCCCAAAGCAGGACCGGAUGAAUCCCUACAAGACUUUUCAAUGA